AUGACAAAGUUUCCACCAGGCAAAGGACAGGUACUUUAUGCAAAGUCAAAAGUGUAUUUACACUUAACUUCGUCGAAAAAAGAUAACGUAUGUGGGUUUCUCACAAUAAUAAAGCCCUUUCCUACUUCAACCAAUGAAGAACUUAUCAUCGCAUUUAUCCCUGAGACGGAUCUCUCUCCCACUGACAGAGAAGCGUUAGUUUAUUUUGAUUUGUACGGGUUAGAUGGUGAGAAGUUUGAUUUCUACUCCUCGGCGUCAAACGAUACAAUGGACUCUCAAGGUCAUAAUUCAAACAAGCCUAAGGUUAAAAAGUUUAUUGAUCGACCAAAACUAUCCUCAAUUUCAUCUUAUGCCUUUGGUGUGAGUAUAAAUCAGUUGUACUCCAUACAAGUUCGGCCAAAGACUUCCAACUUAUGGGAAGGUUCAAUUGUAUUACAUCCAAAGCAUGAAGGAGAUAGGUUGCCAUCACUAUUUUUCCAUGACGACGAAUCUCCUGGUACUAAGAGAGAACAGCAAUUAAAGAGAAAAACAUUCAACCCUUUUUCUGAUAACAGUAUCAAUGGGAAUUCUCUCUAUUGGGGAGGCGAUCGUUUUCUUAGUUGCUUAAGAAAUUAUGCGGAUUUGAAGGAAAGCACACUUGAAUCGGGUAUGUUUUUGGUCAAUUGCACAGGUGAAGAUGCUCUUAACUUUGUUCCCAAUAUACUCGAUCAGAGUGAAAAUGGCGCAAAUCUUGAUCUAAGGUCAAAUUUUAACCACUUUCUGAAUUCAGCAAAGUGGAAAGUCUUAACGGGUUUGGCUUCUAUUACUGGGUUUACAAAAAAUAACAUCAACAAGGCGAUUGAUAAUAAAUUGUUGCCACAAACUAUCCAACAGUUUAUUGAACGGCCAGAGAUCAGACAGAUAACAGAUGAAUUUGACAGUGCCAACAUAUAUCUAGCUAAAUGGGCUUUAAAUGUACAAGAGGAGGCUGAAAGAAAUCGAAAAAUGAUAAUAGGCAAUGGCUAUUAUAAGGAGUUGAUAUCCGCCGAACUAGGUGAUGGUUUUGUUGAACUAACGCCAUUGGAAGUUUCGAAAGCAGCCAGAAAGGAACCUAUUAACAAAGAAAAGUGGGACUCUUUUUUUGAUUCCAAUGGAUGUUUACAAUACACUGUAGAUGAGGUACUGGAACAAGUGUUCCAUUGUGGCUUAGAAAUGGGUGUAAGGGAGGAGGCGUGGCCACUUUUGUUGGGCGUAUAUCCUUGGGAUACGACGGCAAAUGAGAGAAAGCAACUACGGAAAACUUUAGAAAACAAUUAUGCAGAGUAUAAGAACAACUGGAUGGCAGAUUUGACCAAACAGAAAAAUGAUGCUUUUUGGAAAGACCAAAAGGCCAGGAUUUAUAAGGAUUUGAAAAGAACGGACCGGGAUAUUGAACUAUUUGCUGCAAGUAAGGAAGAACAGGAAGAAGAUGAUGCCUUGGAAUACGAUGAUGAAAAUGAUACCAGUCUGUUCUACAACAAAAAUUUGGUUGUGCUUAGAGACAUUCUCUUUUCUUAUAAUGAGAUUAAUUAUAACUUGGGAUACGUUCAGGGAAUGAGUGAUCUACUAUCUCCUCUAUAUUUUGUGUUUCGAGAUGAAACGAUGACAUUUUGGGCUUUCCAGAGGUUUAUGGAGAGAAUGGAGAGAAACUUUGUUAGAGACUUGAGUGGUAUGAAAACUCAAAUGGUUACCUUAACAGAACUAGUUCAAUUUAUGCUUCCUGAUUUAUACAUACAUUUGGAAAAAUAUGAUGCCAACAACUUAUUCUUCUUUUUCCGCAUGCUUCUAGUAUGGUUCAAAAGAGAGGUAUCAUUCUACGAUACCAUGGAAUUGUGGGAAGUGAUGUGGACAGACUACUAUUCAUCGCAGUUCAUCUUAUUCUUUGCAUUAGCAAUCCUGCAAAAACAUUCAAAGAUCAUCAUUCAAACCUUGAAAGGUUUUGAUGGUAUUCUACGAUACAUCAAUGAUUUAAGUGGUUCCUUGGAUAUAGGUGAUUUACUCACACGUGCAGAGUUGCUCUUUAUCAAAUUCAAGCAAAUGGUUGAACUUAUUGAUCGUAAUGCUACAAAACUUCAGUCACAAAAUACGACAAAUGGCAGUCCCGAAAAUAGCAAUGGAAACCCAUUAAAACACACCGUCAGUACUGAACUGCGUGGACUACUCUCAAGGGAGAUUAUUAUACAAAAGGAAGAGACUCGAACUUCGGAAACGCCAUUUGGCUAA